CCCCGGGCGUGCAUUGUGUGUAUGCAAAGCAUCGCCGGGCUCCUGGGGCAGCUCGAGCGGGGACUCGGCGGCUGCUGCGGCGGCUGCGGCUGGCGCUGGGGUAUAUACGCUGCUGCUGCUGCUGCUGCCACUCACGGGUGCCACCGCCCGAGAGACUGAGCCCAGCGCUGUCAUGCUCCUGCCGCGGGGCGGGCGGCAGCGUCGUCCUGUCGCUAUAUAAGCGCGAGCGGAGGGGCCACCCGGAGGGGCUGAAAAUGAAGGUGCCCGCGCAUGGGCCGCCGCUGAUUGCCAACCCCUCCCGAGCUCGCUCCCGGCGUGGAGCCCGAGGCCGCCGAGGACCCGCCUUCGCCGCAGUAGCAGCAGGAGCAGCGACGCGGACAGCAGCUGCGGCGGCGGUGGCCGUGGCGCCCCUCCCGCCAGCGCGUCGAGCGGCGGCGACUCCGGGGCCGCCGCUGGCCCCGCUGCCAUGAGUUGUGCGGAGGUGAUGUAUCACCCCCAGCCGUAUGGAGCGCCCCAGUAUCUGCCCAACCCCGUGGCAGCUGCAACCUGCCCCACAGCCUGCUAUCAUCCGGCGCCCCAACCUGGCCAGCAGAAGAAGUUAGCGGUAUACAGCAAGAUGCAGGACUCACUGGAAGUCACGCUUCCCAGCAAACAAGAGGAUGAGGAGGAGGAGGAGGAUGAGGAGGAGGAGGAGGAGAAAGACCAGCCUGCCGAGAUGGAGUACCUUAACUCUCGCUGUGUCCUUUUCAAUUAUUUCCAGGGAGACAUUGGGUCAGUAGUGGAUGAACACUUCUCAAGAGCUUUGGGCCAAGCCAGCACCUUGCAUCCAGAAUCUGCCAUUUCAAAAAGCAAGAUGGGGCUAACCCCCCUAUGGCGAGACAGCUCAGCUCUCUCAAGCCAGCGGAAUAAUUUUCCAACUUCCUUUUGGACCAGCUCUUACCAGCCCCCACCUGCACCCUGUUUGGGGGGAGUUCAUCCUGACUUCCAAGUCACUGCACCCCAUGCCACCUUUACAACAACCGAUCCCAACUCUUGGCCAGGACAUGGUCUGCAUCAGACUGGCCCUGCCCCACCCCCUACUGCAUCCGAGUCCUGGCACUAUCCUCUGGCAUCUCAGGUGAGCCCGUCCUACAGCCACAUGCAUGACAUGUACAUGCGGCAUCACCACCCUCACGCCCACAUGCAUCACCGCCACCACCAUCACCACCACCACCACCCAACUGCUGGUUCUGCCCUGGACCCCGCGUAUGGGCCCCUGCUAAUGCCAUCAGUGCGUACUGCCAGGAUUCCUGCUCCCCAGCGUGACAUCACAAAGACAGAUCCAACUACAGUCACCACUGCUACCUCAGCAUGGGCUGGAGCCUUUCACGGGACAGUGGACAUCAUGCCAAGUGUGGGCUUUGAUACAGGUCUUCAGCAUCAGGACAAGAGCAAAGAAUCGGCUUGGUACUGAAGCAUGGUAUUAGCAGACCAUAUUGCAUCCUGAAUCCCAGGGCCCACUGGGAAAAGAUGCCAUGGGGAUUUCCUAUCCAGCAAUGGGACACAGGAAACAUGGAUGGAGAAGAGGCCAUAUGAGGCCAUUGUCUUUUGAUGUGAACUUUUUCUGGAGAAAACAGAGUGGGUCCUAGUCAUUGAAGAAAAGCAUUUUGUCUGUUUUUCCCUCAUCUGAGCCUUUGUCAGCUGUGCGACGUUUCAUUUUACUCGCCUUUUACCAGUACGUUGGGUAGUUUUUGUUUGUUUCUUCUUUUUUCUUUUGGAACCAGCUGCCUUGUCAAAAGAUGAGCCACCAAAAAAAAAAAAAAAAAAAAGCUCAUU